GGCAGUUGUCAUUCCGUCUCCUCCUCCGCCGUACUUGUAUUUUCGCAACUCUCUCGCAAAUCUCGCGGUGCGCUGCGGGUGUGCACUGCAGUAUAGUAUAUUUGUGAGAAUUCGUGCUAACCAGAUGUGCAAUAAAUGUGCUAAAAUUGUGUAAAAUUCAAGCCAUGCAGCUAGUUAAACAAUUGUAAAAAAAGCCAGCCAAAAUAUAAAAACACGUUCUCAAACACAACAGCAUUAAAUCAGCAGCAGAAGCAGCAAUAACAACAACAAAUAAUACAACAACGUAGAGUGAACGGCCGCAGAGUCAACAACAGCUGCUUACGGUUUGACAGCCACUGGGCGUCGGCGAUCCCCCGCGACGCUCUUCCUCUUCUCUUUCCACGGGAUUCCAUGCAUGAGGCCCUUCUCGCCAUCUCUUUCGCACUGAAAGCGCCGUUCUACGGAGUUCACCGGUGGCGGUGGCCCACAAACGACAACUGCCGGUCCAUCCGCUGGUAAUGUGGCAAAUGCCACCACAGCCCUAGCCGGUGGUAAAAGCUCAAGCAAUAACAUGUAUUCCACCCGCCAAUCUGUAAGCACCACAACCGGUGUACUUAUGGUCGGACCAAAUUUUCGUGUCGGUAAAAAAAUUGGCUGUGGUAAUUUUGGCGAAUUGCGUUUAGGCAAAAAUCUUUACAACAAUGAACAUGUAGCAAUAAAAAUGGAGCCUAUGAAGUCAAAGGCUCCGCAACUACACUUAGAGUAUAGGUUUUAUAAACUAUUAGGAUCACAUGCCGAUAACGCCCCAGAUGGCAUACCACGCAUUUAUCAUUUGGGCACUUGCGGUGGCCGUUAUAAUGCCAUGGUUUUAGAGUUAUUGGGAUUAUCAUUAGAAGAUCUCUUCAAUAUUUGCGCCCGUAAAUUUUCACUUAAGACUGUAUUGAUGAUAGCGAAACAACUUCUCCACCGGAUCGAAUAUGUUCAUAGUCGGCACUUAAUAUAUAGGGAUGUGAAACCAGAGAACUUUCUCAUCGGCAGAACGUCAACAAAACGUGAAAAAAUUAUACAUAUAAUUGAUUUCGGUUUGGCCAAAGAAUACAUUGAUUUAGAUACAAAUAGGCAUAUACCAUAUCGGGAGCAUAAGUCCCUAACUGGAACGGCACGUUAUAUGUCAAUCAACACGCAUAUGGGACGUGAGCAAUCGCGACGCGACGAUCUGGAGGCAUUGGGUCAUAUGUUUAUGUAUUUCUUAAGAGGUUCACUGCCGUGGCAAGGCCUGAAGGCUGAUACACUCAAGGAGAGAUAUCAAAAAAUCGGUGAUACGAAACGAGCAACGCCCAUCGAGGUGCUUUGCGAUGGACAUCCGGAAGAGUUUGCGACAUAUUUGCGUUAUGUACGGCGGUUAGAUUUUUUCGAAACUCCCGACUAUGAUUUUCUGCGAAGACUGUUUCAAGACUUAUUCGAUCGUAAGGGAUACACCGACGAGGGCGAGUUCGACUGGACAGGGAAGACAAUGACCAAGGAACAGCUGGACCAAAUGAAGGUCAUAAAGAAUGCACCACCAUCGCAUUUGGCAAAAAAUAAGUCUGACAAGUCAACGCCCGUCGGAUCUCUGCAAACUGGCCAUGAAGUCAUCAUUUCACCAAAUAAAGAUCGUCAUAAUGUUACGGCUAAGGAUGUUUCAUAUUUUGAUUUUGAUGACGAAGUUGAUAAUGAGAAUGAAGAAUAUAUAAUACUUCAGACAAAUGCCAAAGGAGGUGUUGCUGCGUGGCCUGAUGUGCCAAAGUCGGGGGCAACACUGGGCAAUCUAACGCCGGCCGAUCGGCAUGGUUCAGUGCAGGUUGUGAGUUCGACGAAUGGCGAACUAAAUCCGGACGAUCCCACGGCCGGACACUCAAACACGCCCAUCACACAGCAGCCGGAAGUCGAAGUGGUCGAUGAAACAAAUGGUUCCUUAUAUUCCAGAUGUUGUUGUUUCUUUAAACGAAAGAAGAAGAAAUCGACGCGCCAAAAAUGACUAGACGGUGUACAAUGUAGUCCAGAACGCGAGGCAGUCACCCUGCUGCGCGCCACUUCACAUUCAAACUCACGGGAUAGCGUAUUGAAUAAUCCGAGUCAGGAUUAUAUCCAGCAGGCAACGUCGCAGCACACGUUGCGUUAUCCUCCAUCCGCGUCGAUGUUGACGCCAACACCAACUACAAACACACCGACACUUCCGUUGUAAUUUAUAUAAAUAUAAAGCCAGAUGCAGAAUGCAAAAAGCAACAAAAAAAUAUAAUAUAUUAAAUCAAACAAAAAACAAAACCCCAACAACAACAACAACAACAAAACAAAAACAAAAGAACCCCCGUACACAUUAAAUACACUAAAAAACAGUAAAAACAAACAAAAUGAAACCAAUUUUGAUUAAUUAUUGUAAUGAUUGUAUUUUAUUAUUAUUUUUAUUAUUUACCAAUUUUGCGUUUAUUAUAUAAAUUAUUAUAAUUAUUAAUUAUAUUAUUAAUUAAUGCUAUUAUAAAUAAAAAAGAAAACAAAAUUCAAACGUAAUUCAAACCGACUAGAAAUGACACGGCAAUUCAAGCAAGAAUCCCUCACAACCUAGGCAGCUCCUCCCGUCGGUGUCUCUUGUGAAGGAAUUCGGAAAGAAAGAAUGAAAGAAAGCUCCCCAUUACCACUACCAAUACCACACACCCCUCAAAACCCUAUUGCUCUUAACUGACGGAAACUUAAACACACAAAAAACCACUUAAAGCAUAUUUAUAUAUUAUAAACAUAUAUUAAAAGAGACGAAAACAAAACUAGUGCAGCAUCAUUUAAUGAGAGAAGGAAGAAAACAUAUUUAUACGCAACCAACAAACUUGUAAAUUAUAAUGAAAGAAAAGAAAGCGAAAAUAAACAUCAUUUUUUAAACUAUUUAAAAUAAAUAUAUGUAUGUAUGCAGCUAUAUGAAACCAACUUAAACAUAAUACGUGCACCAUUGUCAGACAAAUAGCAAACCAUUUUGGCAUUCUGCAUACUUUGCAUUUCAUUGUGGGCGACAUUCAAGGACAUUCUACUUUGAUCAUUCAUCUUCGAUUAACUUUAAUGCAUAAUCACAAUGUGCAAUGUAGGAAUUAAAUAAAAAAUAGUGUAUGUCUUCUUGCAGGAAAAUUUACUAUGCUUCCAGAUCCAACAAAUGGGAAUUAAAAAUCUUCAAUAACAUACAGAAAAAUAUUCUAAAUAGCAAAAUUGUUUUGGUGUUAGACCCAAAGGUAAUACUUGUUUUCUUGACGCCCUGAAAAUGGUAUAUUGAUGUGAUUUACUUUCACUGUCUUACACGUUUUUGAAAAUUGUAUAAUUAAAAUUGUCAAUCUAUUGUUUUUGUUUUUCACAAUAGCCUCUGAAAAACAAAAUGUGUUGACUUUGCUGAUGAUAUUAUUUGGUAUUUGUCUGAUAAUGGCUGUACGUAUGCAGCUAUAUGAUGUAUCAGAUAUACAGUAAACGUGUAUGAAUCGUCACUCAGCGUAGGCAGCUUGGUUUAGAUCUGUUUUGAAUGCACUUUUCUAAUGCUAAUAUGUACAUAUAUACACACAAGUAUUUUGAUAUAUAUACACGUCUAUGUAUCGGAUAAAUCAAAAUGUAGAAAUCCCUUUUGGUAGUCGAAUUAAUUUGGAGCAUUUAUUUUUGAAUCGUUUCCUAGGUAAUUUUUCGUUUAUGAUGUGCGAAGUUAGCGGAAUAAAUUUGUUAGGGAACUCCCCACGUUUCCGCACAGAUCAAUCACUUGAUAGGUAAAUACUAAUGUACUGAGCCAUUUCUUUGAUAUUACGUGAUAUGAGUACUAAACUACUACUAAAAAGAGUUGCCUGCAGCUAUUCCCACUUCUCCCCUUCCCAAAACACACAUCUCCGACUCUGAACGAAUUUGAUUUCCUCUACACAACACCUCCAUGAAACGAGAAAAGUAAUGCUAAAAUCAAGAAAUCGUAUGUGGAAUAUAUAUAUUUUAAACAAAUUUUUUAUACUUAUUACAAAUAUACAUAUAACAAGGAGAACAAGAAUAGCAUUAACUAUACAAGAACAAUGCAAAUCUGUCGUGUUUUUUUGCAAUCUUUCUAGCAUAUAAAAAGUGCAAAAAAACAAAAAAAAAACCUUAAAAA